AUGAGUAAGGUUAAUUUCAGGGAUAUAUCGCCAAUUUUACAAGCAUUUAGAAAUUUCCUACUCGGUAGAAAAUUAACAAAUGCAUUGAGAUUUGAGCCACUCAUUGCAGCGAGAACUCAACCGCCCCCACAAAUUCCUGAUGGAGUUACACACAAACAUGCUCACAACUAUUACUACACUCGUGAUGGUCGAAGAGAAGUCAUGCCUCCUCAGGAUGUGACACAGCAGUUGAUUCCUGACAGUAGUGCUGAUAAAGGAACUCCUAAAACAGCUGCAAAUGCCCUGCCAAAGCCUGGAGCCAUAUUCCAUUGGGACAAACAUUAUUAG